GCGCCGGGGUGGCGCCGUCGGGGCCCUGCGGGUCUCCGCGGUUUGCACCCUUUGCAGGGAGAUUGCCGCCAGCGGUCAGUGCUGUGGCCUCUCCAGAUGUUAACCAAAGAGUCUUUCUGACCGUUGGGAUCCUGGUUUUUACCUUUUCACUUUGUAAUUGACUCGGUGUUUGACAUGGAACAUGUGUCGUAUUUAUACUUGGGGAAAUAUCAGUACAACUCCUUUUAUUGGGAGAGAAAUGUGGCGCCGUUCCAGCCCAGAGCCUUGGAUCUCGGUCAGAACCCGGGGAGCAGGGAGCUGACCCAGGACGUCCUCACCCCUCCCUGGCACCUCCUGAGGACCGGUGCUGGGUGAGGUGGGUGGGCGGGACACAAUGGUUGUCAGGGAGGGUGUCAUGGGAGAGCAGGGACCAAGUUUGUCUUGCCUCAGAGGAUGCAUAUUCUGCCCCGAUCCCUGCCUCUCCACGACUCCCCAGACAUUACCUUCUCUUCUUCUUGACUUUGGGGGAGUCCUGAACACUCAGGAGUGUGGAGUUGAGUUCCUGUGUGCCAGAAAGAGGAAAUCUGAGAUGGAACGCCAGCUCCAGUCGAGGUGAUACCCUGGGGAACGAAGGUGCCUCAGAAAGGGAGAUGGUCUCCUGGAUCUCUGACUCGGUCCCAAUCAUAGAUCCUUAAUACGUGCCUGUUAGGUUCUCCAGAGGAAACCAAUAGGAUCUAUAGGCAAGAGAGAUUUAUUAUGAGGAUGAGCAAACCAAGUCUCCAGUCCCAUGGUUUGCUGUCUAUCAGUUGGAGGCCCAGGAAAGCUGCUGGUGUGGUUUCCAGUCCAAAUCUGAAGGCCUGAGAACCAGGGAUCCGAUGUCUGAGCGCAGAAGAAAAUGGAUGCCCCAACUCAAGCAGAGAGAGACCAGCACAUGCAUCAUGGGAAUCCCAGAGGAAAAGAGAGAACAUUUGAAGAAAUAAUGGCUGAAAUCUUCCUGAAUUUGACGAAUAUAAAUUUCCAAGAACUUCAACAAACUCCAAGUAAAAUGAACUUAAAAAGACCCACACCAGGCCACAUAAUCAAACUUUCAAAACAAAGAGAGAAUCUAAAAAGCAGUGAGAGAGGAAUCCUCACAUACAAGGGUCCUUAGUAAAAUCAUCAACAGAAAAGAAGUUGAAAACUGGCUGGGGAGCUCAGUUGUGUAAAGGCAGACAUCUGAGUAUAACCCCUGGUCACAGAUGAGGAAGCUGCUGUAGGUCCUCCCCACCUGGCACCAUGAGAGAUGCCCUGUGCCUGCUCGUCUCUGCUGUAGCAGCACUGCUCUCCAUCUUCUUCUUCAUUAAAGAAAACCCUUUGGACACUACAAGUUUCCUGUCCUUGGAGGAAAAGGAGCUGGUGGCUUGGCAGAGAGCCCGGAUGCAGCUUAACCCUGGUAGAACACGCCACCUGCAAACCUUCAAAGAUAUGCAGAAAAACUCAGAACCAUUCAAAAACGUGAAUUCCUAUAUCUUGAUUGGAGCCCCUCCUAGGAAAAAAAAACUGCUGACCAUAGGGAUUUCCUCCGGGCAGCGUCCUGAAGGGAGCCACCUCCUGGACACCCUGCAGUCUCUCUUCUUUGCUUCCUCCUCAUCCGAGCGGAAACACUUCACCGUUCUGGUACACCUAGCAGGUCCUGACCCCAAAUGGCUUGUUCAGAUGAUCUACAACCUCUCAGCCAUGUUUAAACCACACAUACAGGCCAGAGAGCUGGUGGUGAUCACUACUCCUCUCACAAGCUAUCUUCCUUUGAAGGAUCUUAAAGUGACCUUUAAUGACCCUCCUGUCCACGCAGCCUUCCACUCCAGGCAAAACAUGGACUAUGCCUUCCUCAUGAACUUUGCCACCCAGCACUCUGACUAUUUCCUGAUGGUCGAAGAUGAUAUGAAAUGUGCCCCCGGAUUUGUCACCCAGAUAGCUACUGCAGUGUCAGCCUGGGCAAACAGACCCUGGGUGACCCUGGACUUCUCCCCGCUGGGCCUCACCGGGAAACUCUUCCGUACUGGAGACCUGCCCCGCUUGCUUCACUUCCUUCUCCUCUUCUACCGAGAAAUGCCCUGGGACUGCCUCCUCUCCCAUUUUCAGAACCUGCUGCAGCACACACCAAUCAAGUUCCUGCCCUCCCUCUUCCAGCAAGUGGGCAACUCCUCCUCCUUUGAGGAAGAGGACACUGGCUCUCCCAGCAACCCUGCUGCCUCCAUCCACACCAGCCUGAAGGUUGCCAAUGACUCUGCUCCCUCACACGCCUACAGCCUGGAUGAGAAUUUCUUUUACACCAAGUCGGCUGAGCCUGGCAGCCAUCUGACUGUGGUUUUGGAUGUACCUGCCCACGUGUCCCGAGUUCAGGUGCUGACGGGCUCUGACCCGAGAGGCUGGAAUCAGCUGGAAGAGGGACAAGUAGAACUGGGCUGUGACUCUACAAACAGGGUCAGUGACUGUGACGACUACACUCUGCUGGGGCUGCUGGUAAAUGGCGUCCUGAACAAGCAGGUGUUGUCUCCCACGUCUGGGAAGAAGGUGAAAUGUGUGAGACUGCUUGUGACAGCCGCUGCUCCCUCUGGAAUAGUGGUCAGGCACAUCCACCUCUGGACAAGUGAGGUUUAAGUGAUAAAUGGAGAAGCCACCAGGAGUUGUGGGAGUGGUCAGAUUGGAGGUUAGAGUCUACAGAGGUUAAACAAACAAAAGAGUAAAAUGUUGAACUUGGGUCCUUUCAGGAUUGUUCGUUCAGAAGAGAUGCGUGUUGAAAGGCAGAGCGAAGGUCACGUGCUCUUGGUCCCAGAACCACUGGUGGACGAGGUGGGCUUGUUAAAAGCCUUCCUGGUUUACUCACCAGAAGGUCUACCAUUCGGAAUUCUUCCCUUGGAGCAGGAACACCAGACUCGCAGGAACAGUAGGAGCACGUGGGUAGGACUGAGUGAUGCUCAUAUCGCACGACGGGACGGGGUCUCUCCACCAGCAGAAAUGGACUCAUUAAAGGCAGGACUUCCUGUGUGGCAGGAAAGAAACACGA